AUGGUGCCAGCCCCGGAGUGGGAGUGCCUGGCUGAAGCGGCAGAGCCCCCGAAUGCCAAGGGCCUCCUCCUGGGCCGGCCGGGCCCCCUUCUCCAGCCAGCUCCACGCGUGCCCCCCACCGAGGGGGCCGAGCGGGCCCCCCCCGCCUGCCCCCCUGGCCAGUACCCCUGUGAGGCGGGCAGCGGCCUCUGUUACACACCCGCCGACCGCUGCAACAAUCAGAAAAGCUGCCCCGACGGCGCUGACGAGAAGAGCUGCUUCUCCUGCCAGCCGGGCACCUUCCACUGUGGCACCAACCUGUGCAUCUUCGAGACGUGGCGCUGUGACGGCCAGGAGGACUGCCAGGACGGCAGCGACGAGCAUGGCUGCCUGGCGGCCGUGCCCCGCAAGGUCAUCACCGCCGCGCUCAUCGGCAGCCUGGUCUGCGGCCUGCUACUCGUCAUUGCCCUGGGCUGCGCCUUCCAGCUCUACGCCCUGCGCACGCAGGAGUACAGGGCCUUUGAGACCCAGAUGACACGCCUGGAGGCUGAGUUUGUGCGGCGAGAGGCACCCCCGUCCUAUGGGCAGCUCAUUGCACAGGGCCUCAUUCCACCUGUGGAGGACUUUCCCGUCUACAGUGCGUCACAGGCCUCGGUGCUACAGAACCUUCGCACGGCCAUGCGGCGACAGAUGCGCCGGCACGCCUCCCGCCGCGGGCCCUCCCGCCGCCGCCUCGGCCGCCUCUGGAACCGGCUCUUUCACCGGCCGCGGGCACCGCGCGGACAGAUCCCGCUGCUGACGGCUGCGCGCACCUCACAGACGGUGCUGGGCGAUGGGCUUCUCCAGCCGGCACCCGGGGCUGGCCUAGACCCCCCGGCACCCCUAACAGACACAGGCAGCCCAGGGGCAGCCGGGGAGGGGCCCCCCGGCGCCCCUAGCCACGCACCGGAGGUGGGGCCUUCUGUGCCGCCCCCCUCGGGCCUGCGGGACCCAGAGGCCAGGCCAGUGCACAAGGACAGAAAGGCUGGCAGGGACCCUCUGGUGGACAACCCAGCCCCUGUGGACAUGCCUCGGGAGGCCUGCUCGGCCCAGGGCCCUCACGCCCCGGCCCCCACUGCCGGCAGCACCCUAGGCCCCCACCCACCAGAGCCACUGGGUGUCUGCAGGAGCCCCCCGCCACCCUGCUCCCCAACGUUGGAGGCCAGUGACGACGAGGCCCUGCUGGUCUGCUGA